AUGGACAAUGCAUAUGUAAUCAGAACGGUUAGAGCGGAAGGUCUUUGUUUGAUGCUUGUUCCCAAUUGCACUAGCCUAUCACAACCUCUUGGAACGGGGAUUUCAGACCUCGCCUACGCAUACGUUCAUCAUUUUGGGGCAGGUUCUAAGCAGCGAAAUAGAACCGCAAUGAUUUAA